GUUAAAUGAGCGGGAAAUGAAAAUAAAACACAUAUCUAGAGUCCGGAAGGGGUUCUUGAUUUGCUAUCAAUACAUACGAUAAGAUUAAACACCUGAAAAGUCAUGCUAUAAAUAAGAAGUCAACGGGACACCGUGGUAAAAAAAAAUGAUAGUCAGACAACCCACAUCUUUUAGCAAACAUGUCCUUCAAGUUACAAUUCAUCAUCCUCUUGUCAGCUCUGCUGGCAUCUUUCACAGUCACUCUUGCUCAAGCAAGUGUUGCAGGAAAUCUGGUAACACAAGGCUCAAAUAAAUGUUUAACAACAAAAGACAACAAUCUUGUAAAUGGAGCAACACAAGAGAUUCAACCCUGUAUUGCAGGAGCACCAGCACAAACUUGGCAAUUCGUUCCAGCAAGCAUAAGUGGAAAACACCUUUUACGUACUUCGAAUAAUUUUUGUUUAGAUGUUCCACAUGGAAGAGGAGCAAACGGACAAGCGUUACAGAUUUGGCAAUGUAAUGGAAGGAGUAAAAAUCAAAUUUUUGGUCGUUAUGGAAAUCAGAUCAGAUGGAACGGAUCAAAUUUUUGUUUGAAUAUUAGAAGUGGUUAUCAAACUGGAUAUCCUGCAGGUACAAGGUUACAGCUUUACACCUGCAGUACCACAAAUGCAAACACAAACAUUCAAGGUCCAAAAGAACUACCUUCUGCUCCUGCAACAAGCAUUACAACCAAGCCUGCCACUUCCAGCACCACAGCAAAGCCAAUUACUACCAGCACAACACCCAAAGCGGUUAGCACAUCCACCACUACAUCCAAUCCUGCCACAACUACCACCACUGCUGUUCCAGCCAAUACACCUAUUUCCAACCCAUCUUCCGGACCUACUAACAGAUACGGCAAGCCAAGUUUGACAGCCGUUUUCGAUCAAACACGAAAGCGAAUGCUAGCAUGGGGAUACGAUGAAAGAAAAGCACCAAUGAUGGCAGCAGGAAAAAAGAUUGGAUCAUAUUAUCAUUGGGAACUUAAUGUUAUUCCGGGAAUGCCUUCAAACGUUCCUUAUAUUCCAAUGUAUUGGGGUGUAAAUAAAACCGCACAAUGGGAAGCGGUAGAACAAACGAUCGGUGAUUCCGUUCCUGGAGCAGUUUUUGGUUUCAAUGAACCAGAUGUAACCUCUCAAGCAAAUAUGGAUCCAAUCACAGCUGCAAACAUAUUCUAUUCGAACAUCACUCAAGUCUACGGUGUAAAAGGCUCAAAUCUUAUCUCGCCUCCAAUUGUUUGGAAUGUGAAUAAUUGGUUAGUUCCUUUUAUGAACGCAUGCGAUAAGCUUGGAUGUGAUAUCAGCGCUAUUGGCUAUCAUAUUUAUAUCGAUUUGGCCAAAGAUGCUGGAGGUAGUGUUGACAAUGCUGUCGCAUUGAUCCAAUCAAGGAUCAAUUCACUCUACAAAUUAUUUGGCAAGCCAAUCAUUCUAAGUGAAUUAGGACUUACACAAGCAGGAGGUGGAACAGACGAACAAAUGACCGAAUUUAUGCAAAAGUCUGCUCAAUUCUUGGAUAAUUCUCCUGUUGUGUAUGCAUGGGCACUUUCUGCUGUCUUUGCACAAGGUGCAGGUUGGGAUAAUUACUUGAACUCAAACUUGGCAUUCUUCUAUGCAAAUGGAACACUCUCUCCACUUGGAAGCAGUUAUAUGAACGAUACUUUCUAGGCACGCUCUUUUAUACAACCGGUCAGCUUUAUCUUAUGUAUCAUACUAGAAUAUAAUCAUAUACC